AUGGAAGCGUCGUCGCUCGAGCACGUUGUGAAGUCUCCCCCGGCUAAUCAACAUGCACAGGAUCGUUUGCGCGAUUACUCAAAGGCUUUCGAUGGCCUCUUGAGCCUUAUACCAGCCAAGGUAUACUAUGGAGGAGAUACAUCCGAUCAAUGGACGAAGAAGAAGCAGACAAAGAAGGAAGCGGCCGCGGCCCGAAGGGGUAAGCUGGACCCGGACAGUGAAUUGAACCGAAACGCCAAGGAGGUCAUGGAUGAGCGAGCCAAGAACAAACGAAAAUUGAGACAGAUGGAGGAUCAAGCCGACGACGACGACGAAGACGAUGAGGAAGACGGCUCGGAAGACGGCUCGUUGGAAGCGGUUGAUGGGGUUGAGACUGAAAAGCCCGGUGAGGGGUUGAGAAGGAAACCCGAAGAGAGCAGUAAGAGGCUGAAAUUGGCCGAAAAGGACGAGCACCAUGGAACAGGCCCCGUAGAAACAGCGGAGGGGGCGUCCAAGCUAUCCAAGAAGGAUGCAAAGCGAGAAGCCAAGCGAGAAAAGAGGGCUGAGAAGAAGGCCGAGAAGAAGUCUUUGAAGCAGAAUGCUGUCGAGACGUCCAGCCGGAACUCUGAUGCGACCGAGUCUACCCAUCACAAGAACGAGGUGCAAUCAGAAGGCCCGUGGAACGAGACCAAAGAGGAUGCCGAAGUGGCUUCUAGAUCCGAGUCCGAGCCACACUCACCUACAUUCGACACGACUGAUCCGUCAAGUUCAUUAAACGACGCCUCAGCCGAGCAGGCCAGCACCACUACCUCAGUCUCCUCUGCCAUUCCUCCAUCAGAAAAGCCCAGGCAUAUCAAGCUUCCUGCUGACACAACUGCCCUCCGGGCACGGCUUGCUGCCAAGGUCGAGGCGCUGAGAGCUGCCAGAAAGGCGGAUGGUCCGGAUGGCAAGCCUAUCAGAACCCGUCAAGAGCUCAUCGAAUCAAGGCGGGCCAAACAAGCACAGCGAAAGGAACGCAAACUCGAACUUCGGAAGCAGGCGAGACUUGAAGAGGCGAGAAAGCGAGAAGAAGCACUUGCUUCCAACUCACCUAGUGUCAUGAGUCCUGCAGUUGAGCUAGAUGAGGGCGGCUUUUCCUUUGGUCGGGUUGCGUUUGGAGACGGGUCGCAGAUGUCGCAUGAUCUUAGCUACAUGCUGAACCAGGGAAAGAAGAAGGGUCCAUCUGAUGCCAAAACCGCGCUGCUCAAGGUGCAGAACCAAAAGAAGAGGUUACAAGAAUUGGACACGGAAAAACGCGCCGAUGUUGCCGAGAAGGAAGCUUGGUUGACGGCACGACGCAGAGCCGAAGGUGAAAAGAUCCGAGAUGAUGAGGCUAUGUUGAAAAAGGCGGUGAAGCGUAAAGAGUCGGCCAAGAAGAAGAGCGAGAAGGCAUGGACAGAGCGCGCCAAGGGCGUCCAGCAGGCACAGAAGGAAAGACAAAAGAAGCGCGAAGAGAACAUCAAGCAGCGCCGGGAGGAGAAGCUGCUCGGCAAGGCUGGAAAAAAGAAGGGCGGCGCCAAGAAAAAGAAGGGUGGGCGGCCCGGAUUCGAAGGCAGCUUCGGAGUCGGUGGUCGCCGAAAAUGA